AUGACCAUCAAGCUCGGCAGCGGCGUGAUUGCUAGGCUCGAGCAUGACCAGCUCAUUGUGCCGCACCAGUCAGUCGACCACAAGACGGGCGACAUGAUCAUCACCCGUAUCGAGCCGCCCGAGCCGCUCGUCGACUCGAUGCAGGACUUCAACCGCGAACGAUAUGGCACAGCUGGGCAUGCACUUUAUCGGUGGGGCCCUCUUCCUUCUAAUUGGCCUGGGCGCAUCAUUGGCUGGAUCUUUUUGCAGCGGAGAAUACGUCGUCCAUACCGCUCUAUGAGGCGCCAGCUGGACAAGGAGGACCCUAUCAAGGGAGACGUUAUGAGUUAUCAGGAUGGUUGUACUAAGCCACCUAUGGCUUCUGGUCUACUCUUGUGCCCCAGGCGCAUCGGAGCGAGGUGGCCAUUGGCACCGAAGAACACAUGCCAGGAGGGCGAGGUACUUAUUUCUGGAAAUGCAUUGUCAAACGUUUGA